UCCUUCACAUCUGUCAACAUACCUGGCUGCAAGCAAGUCACUGCCCGUGACCACUGUCUGCCAGAGCCAGAGAAAGCAGGAAAGAAAACAGAGGAGAACACCUCAAUUUUGUGGAAAAUUUUGGAGAAAAGUAGAAGCCCAGUGUGGAUGCUUCUUCCCAACGUCCCAAACUCUUCAGCAAGGACUGGAAUAGUCCUGGGGUAUCACUACUAAGUCAAGAAGGAAGCUGAGAGAAGACUUUCAGCUGAAUUCAGCAAUCAAGGGCUUGAUACACUGAAGGAUUUGGGUGCAGACAAGCAAAGGGAAGUUGCGUUCAGCUUUGAGUGAAGCACAACUCCUCACAGGCCUGAGUUCUCCCGGUAAGAAGUCCUUGUGCCAGCGAAAGGCCAUCUGUCACUCUUCCACAUUCCACAGAGAAGAUCUUGAAGACUGUUGCUGCCAAAUCAGGCUGGCAUCAAUCCCAGUUUCUCCUCUGAGAUUCCACAGAAGGUCCUGAUGGAGGAGGACAAUGCCCAGAAAGAGGAGCCCCAGGAGAAUGGAGCCAGUGAUGUGCGGCACUUAGAUUCCAGCAACAUUAUGGCAGAGCAUAGCCACGUGCAACAACAGCAUGGUAGUUUAGAGGCAAGCUUUGCCUCAAAUUCCCUGGAGAACGAUUCCCAAAACAGGAUGGAGAGUCUGAGCUCAAAGAAAUAUUCUUCCAGCCUGAGAUUUAAAGCCAACGGAGACUAUUCUGGUUCCUAUUUAACGCUCUCACAGCCUGUGCCUGCGAAGAGAAGCCCUUCCCCUUUGGGAACGAGUGUCAGAAGUAGCCCCUCCUUGGCCAAAAUCCAGGGAAGCAAGCCGUUCUCUUACGAUGGAACUGACAAAAAUAUCGCCGUGAAGCCUCCCACUCCUUUACGCAGCGCUUCACCCUCCCUCGGCGGCUAUGCUCGUGGGAAAGCGGACUUUGAUCCUUAUUCUGGCCGGGACAGUGAGAGGUCCUUGAGGCUCUCCGAGAAGCCUCCCUAUUCCAAACAUAGCUCAAGGAAUAAGUCGCACGACAAUGUGUACUUUCUCGGGGGCCCGGAAAGCCGAAAGGCCUCCGGCUCGCUUCUGGCCAUGUGGAAUGGAGGCUCCCCCGGGGACACUGGCCCCUGCCCCACCAGCAGGUCAGGGGCAGCGAGCAUGCCUUCCAGUCCAAAGCAAGCCAGAAAAAUGAGCAUCCAGGACUACCUGAUGCUUCCGCCCAAGUUGACCAGACACAGGGAGCCGGCAUCUGAAAACAUCAGUUUAAGAACUAGGAAGUAUUCGGGCAGCAGCCUGAGUCACAUGGGAGCCUAUAGCCGAUCGCUCCCCAGGCUGCACAAGGCCACGGAGAACCAGCUGAAGCCUCUCAGUUUGCCCCCAAGAAACUCUCUGGGCAAUUCCAAACGAACAAAAUUGGGGGAAAAAGAUCUACCUCGUAGCGUAAUAGACAAUGACAAUUACCUGAAUUUUUCUUCUUUGAGCUCAGGGGCUUUACCCUACAAAACCUCUGUGUCUGAGGGCAGUCCUUACGUAAGUUCCACACUCAGUGUCCCGGGCAGUCCUCGCCUGGCUCGGAAGAUGCUUCUGGCCUCCACCUCCUCCGGUACCUCCGACGACCUUGAUAAGGCCUCCUACUCGGGGACCAGCUCGGGCCAUUCAUUUCCUCCCAUAGAGCCAGACAGAGUGUUUACGGCCAGGAGGAACUUCUCUUGUGGAUCUGUGGAGCUGGAUGAUGCAGAUUUGGAGAGCCUCAGACAGGCCUCAGGAACUCCGCAGCCCGUCCUUCGGGAACGGAAAAGCAGCAUUAGUUCCAUUUCAGGACGCGACGACCUGAUGGAUUAUCACCGGCGGCAAAGGGAGGAGAGACUCAGGGAGCAGGAGAUGGAGCGACUGGAGAGACAGCGUCUGGAGACGAUCCUCAGCCUUUGUGCUGAAUACUCAAAGCCUGACAGUUGCUUGUCCACUGGCACCACGGUGGCGGACGUACAGAAAAUCAAUAAGGAGCUUGAGAAGCUGCAGCUCUCUGAUGAGGAGUCUGUGUUUGAAGAAGCCCUGGUGAGCCCCGAUGUCAGAUACAGGUGCCACCAGAAAGGCUCUGGCCAGGAUGCAGACUUGGCAGCCUUCGGGAGCCUCAGUCAGAGCAGUGCCAGCUUCCUUUCCCCCAGGAGCGCCGUGAAUGAGGAGCUGCUCAGGGACCUCACCAGGACUCCCCCACCACCCCCCUCUGCUUUUCUGAAAGCUUCCAACGAGUCCACUUACUUAAGUAUCCUACCAAAGACGCCAGAGGGUAUAAAUGAGGAACAAAAGAUUCAGGAGUUGGCUGCCAUGGAAGAGGCCCGGAUAGCAAUCCUGAACAACCUCGAGGAACUUGAACAAAAAAUCAAAGAUAUAAAUGACCAGAUGGAUGAAUCUUCCCGAGAGUUGGAUAUGGAAUGUGCUCUUCUGGAUGGAGAGCAGAAAUCUGAAACAACCGAACUGAUGAAAGAGAAGGAAAUUUUGGACCAUCUAAACCGGAAGAUAGCAGAACUGGAAAAGAACAUCGUUGGUGAAAAGACCAAGGAGAAGGUAAAGCUUGAUGCUGAAAGGGAAAAACUAGAGAGGCUUCAGGAGCUUUACUCCGAGCAGAAGACGCAGCUGGACAAUUGUCCUGAGUCCAUGAGAGAACAGUUACAGCAACAACUGAAGAGGGAUGCUGACCUGUUGGAUGUUGAGAGCAAACACUUCGAGGACCUGGAAUUCCAGCAGCUUGAGCACGAGAGCCGUCUAGACGAGGAAAAGGAGAACCUGACCCAACAGCUCUUGCGUGAAAUGGCCGAAUAUCAACGGAACAUUGUUACUAGAAAGGAAAAAAUUUCUGCAUUGAAAAAACAAGCCAAUCACAUUGUCCAGCAGGCUCAGAGAGAACAAGACCACUUUGUGAAAGAAAAGAAUAAUUUAAUAAUGAUGCUGCAAAGGGAAAAGGAAAAUCUUUGUAAUUUGGAAAAGAAAUACUCCAGCCUCUCUGGGGGGAAAGGGUUUCCUGUCAAUCCAAAUGUGCUGAAAGAGGGCUAUAUCAGUGUAAAUGAAAUUAAUGAGCCAUGUGGCAAUUCCACGAAUCUAUCCCCUUCCACUCAGUUCCCUGCUGAUGCUGACGCUGCUGCCACUACGCCCGCCACAGCUGUACUGGUGAGCCAGCCACAAAAUAAAGAGCAAAGAUCACCUGUCUGUCCCGGAUUUAUGUUUCCUUCUACCCUUUCUCCUCAUCCUGUCACUCAGCCUCCAUCAGCCCCUUGGCCUGAAGCCAUGGCUCCAUCUGUCGAUCCUUUCCCUUUAAAUGACACUCCUCCUCCUCUACCAGCUAAGAAACACAGGAGGCAGCCGCAGCAGGAGCAGCAGCACUUUAGAAGUCUGGAAGAGAGGAAAAAACAGCACAAAGAAGGCCUCUAUCUGAGUGACACUUUGCCUCGAAAGAAAACCACACCUUCCAUAUCCCCACAUUUCAGCAAUGCUACUCUGGGGAGAAGCACCGCCCCAAAGGCUCACUUGCCCCUGGGACAGAGCAACAGCUGUGGCAGUGUGCUCCCUCACUCGCUGGCGACCAUGACCAAAGACUCUGAGUCUCGGAGGAUGCUGAGAGGAAAGUCCAAGAAAGGAAGAAUGAAUUUCCCAGCAGGGUAUAAUCACCAACAGAUGAGUGAAGGACAAAGGCAGAAAUCUUCCGAAUUUUACAACCGCACAGCGUCGGAAUCAAAUGUCUACUUGAACAGUUUCCACUACCCAGAUCACGGCUACAAGGACCAGGCCUUCGAUACUCUGAGCCUAGACAGCUCUGAUAGCAUGGAGACCAGCAUCUCUGCUUGCUCUCCUGACAAUAUUUCCAGUGCCAGCACUUCAAAUAUUGCCAGAAUAGAAGAAAUGGAGAGGCUUUUGAAGCAGGCCCAUGCAGAGAAGACACGGCUGCUUGAAUCCAGGGAACGGGAAAUGGAAGCCAAAAAACGAGCUCUGGAAGAAGAGAAAAGACGCCGAGAACUCCUGGAAAAACGAUUGCAGGAGGAAACGAGCCAGCGGCAGAAGUUAAUUGAAAAGGAAGUGAAAAUAAGGGAGAAACAAAGGGCACAGUCUCGACCUUUGACACGCUAUCUGCCUGUCCGGAAGGAGGACUUCGAUUUGCGGAGCCACGUGGAGACUGCGGGCCACAGCAUCGACACCUGCUACCACGUGUCCAUCACGGAGAAGACCUGCCGAGGGUUCCUCAUCAAAAUGGGCGGGAAAAUUAAAACUUGGAAAAAACGCUGGUUUGUUUUUGAUCGGAACAAGCGUACAUUCUCUUAUUAUGCAGACAAGCAUGAAACUAAAUUAAAAGGAGUAAUAUACUUCCAAGCCAUUGAAGAAGUGUACUAUGAUCACCUCAAGAAUGCUAAUAAGAGCCCCAAUCCAUUACUCACCUUCAGUGUCAAGACACAUGACAGAAUCUACUAUAUGGUGGCCCCAUCGCCGGAAGCCAUGCGGAUCUGGAUGGAUGUUAUAGUGACUGGGGCAGAGGGUUACACUCACUUCCUGUUGUAGUGAACUGGAGCAACAGUCCACUUCAGGGCAUACUGCAAUAAUCUCUUACAAGAAUGAAGCCAUAAUCUGUCCCAGAGGGAAAGACCCAACAGACCCAUCCCUUUUGCUGUGUAUACUCAGAACUCCUUUUGUAUUAACAGGAAGUCAUUUGUGAAUGAGAAAUAAGAAGUUUUAAUGCAAGGCUUGGUCAAAAAUAGCAAAAAAAUUGAAGCACCUCUGAGAAAGAAAACACUAUUUUGGUAAAGAGCAUCACUUAUAAGCGCAUUUCUAAUAAACUAUUUUUAUUCAUUGUUGAUUUUGGUGAACUAAACAGUUUACAAAAUGUAUAUACUUGGAAAUAUGAAAUUAUUUUAGUGCCCAAAUCAUUGGCGUUGACAUUAUUGUAGUCCACUGGCUUUUUAAAACUAGGAACAUUUUGCUGAAGAUUAUUUUAUAAAUAUAAGCAAACAAGGGCUUGGAGAAGAAUAUAUUGUAGGAGGAGCUUUUGCCCUAAUUUUUUAAGUAUUGCACCAAAACCAAAGACUUGAUGUGACUUCUGUUUAAUGACAGUAGUUUCAAGAGAUAAACUUCACUAGUGUUACUCUACACUUUAAAAUGGUACUUCGAUGACAUCAAGUGCCCAGGAAGUUGACAUGGAAGAGUCACCACCAGUGUAAGCUAGUCUACAUGUACAGCAAACCACUUUUUGUAAAAGGAGAAAGAACAAAACGCUGUAUGGUUUAGAAAGAAGCUGUUUUAGACAGAUACUCUGUCACACUGGGCAAUUUAUAAAACGGAGUACUUAGUGUUAGGUGCUUAUUUUCCUGAAGAGUUCUCCAUUCCCACUGCUGAGAAUGAAGAUAACCACUAGCCAAUUUCCUUAGAUCGUCUGAUCUUUCUUUCUUGUGGAGCACACCUCUUAAUUGCAGCCUCGCGUGAUAUAACUAUGAAAUCAGAGCUGUUUUUUUUUUAAACCAAAGAACAGACCAAUUAAAAUACUUAUUUACAGAAGUGCUGUGGUUUUAUAAAAAAGUCAAAUGAAGUUCAACAAUGUUCUCUGUAAUGUACUCUUUUGUUAUAUAUUUCUUUAUAAUAAGCCUUUGUUGUUUAGAGUUAAAUUAAUUUUUGUUGAAUUAAAUGACUUCAGGCAAGUCUUUUUCAUAACGGUUUUCUAAGUGCCAUUUGUCAUGGUUUGUUAUGUUGUGUGUUUGUAAGUAUGAAUGUAUACUUUCCUAAAACUUGGCAAAUGAAUAGAAGUAGGAAAUAAUGACAUUACUUCCUAGUACAAGGUAAGAUGAUUACAUUGGAAGUGUCUAUGUUUGUCAGGCCUGACUGGGUACAGGUUUUUUACACUUGCGGUGUGCUUUAUCCGCAUGUGUACAUACUGCCAAUCAUAAGGUUUUGCAACUGGAUGACACAUGAUUCCACUUGAACAUUGGAGGACAGCAUUACGAUGGCAGAAGACAUUUUUAUUAUCAGACAUCCCCCCUAGAUUCUGUAAUGAUCUGAAAGAGUGGAACGCCAUUGCUAAAAUUUUCUUGGUUAAUGUAAAGAUACCAUUUUUCUGUACUGUACUUUUUGCCAUAGGAUUGUAAAGAUAUUCUAAUCAACUUUAUAUCUUGCAUGAUGUAGUAAACCUUUGAACUAUGUGUGUUAAAAUAUGUUGAAUUUGGAUUAAAGUGUUGAUCAGACUUCA